AUGAGAAAAUUAAGUUAUUUGUUAAUAGCAAAGAAAAAUUAUAAAUAUAGACUUUUUUUUCCAAAAUUUAAUCAGGCCAUAUAAGUAUUUUCUGAUUCUAUUAAAAUUCAAUAAUAAAAAUAUUUAAAUAAGCAUAAUGUAUAUAGUUUGAUUUAUUAUAAGGAAAUAAGAAGAUUAAGAUGAAAUAAGUGUAUCUCAAAGCCUUGGAAUUUCUAGGAGAUUUGCAAAAUAUUUAUUGAAAUAGGUAGCACAUUACGAUCGUGUUAGAAAGGCUAAAGAAGAGUAUUAAAAGCUUACAAAAAGAAUUCAGAGUUUAACAGUUGCUUUUUCAGAUUAUGAGAUAGAUGGAUUAAUUUAAUAUAAGGAUAAAGACAAUGAUUCAUAUACAAGAUUUAUGAGAGAUGCAGGUCUUGAAUCACAUCAAGUUUUAUAAUUGUAUAUAACAUAUAAAUUUGGUGCUCAAAAGGGAGCAAUGUUUACAUUAUAGGAAUUCAUUUUAGGAAUGAUUCGUUUAAGGUAAAAUAAAAUUAUUAAUUUUAGAUGUAAUAGUGUAAAAGAUUUAAAAAAACUUACUCCUGAGUUAUUAUAGAAAAUAAAGAAAGAAAAUAAAUAUAAGAAAUUAUAUAAAUAUUAUUUUGGUGUAAUAUCAUUAGGAAAAAAUGUAAUAAGAUUUACAGAGGCAAUAAGUAAUUUAUUGAAAUAAUAAUAAUAAGCUCUUUGGGAAUCAUUAUUAAAAGAUUAAUUCAAAGAAAUUACUGAUUUCAUUCAAUUUUGUUAAGCAAAACCAUAAGAAUUUUAAACUAUUACAAAAGUUAGUUUUGAUUUAUGGUGUUAAGUGUGGAAAUUUUUUGAAACAAUAGGAAAUGAUUAUUAAAAAUUUGAUGAGAAUGGUAUUUAUUAUUAUAAUUAAAUAUUAGAUGCUUGGCCUCUUUUAAUUUUUGAAUACGUUGAAUUUAAAAAAAAAUGAG